CGUGGGGUAGUGAGGUGCCUGACGAGGAUACGAAGAUGAGCAGCUCGGAGGAAGUGUCGUGGAUCUCCUGGUUCUGUGGACUGCGAGGCAAUGAGUUCUUCUGUGAGGUUGAUGAAGAUUAUAUUCAGGACAAGUUCAAUCUGACCGGCCUGAAUGAGCAGGUGCCCCAUUACCGCCAAGCGUUGGAUAUGAUUCUGGACCUUGAGCCCGAUGAGGAGCUGGAAGACAAUCCAAACCAAAGCGACCUUAUCGAGCAGGCUGCCGAGAUGCUGUAUGGACUGAUCCACGCUCGCUAUAUCCUCACCAACCGAGGGAUUGCUCAGAUGCUUGAGAAAUACCAGCAGGGAGACUUUGGCUACUGCCCUCGAGUGUACUGUGAGAACCAGCCCAUGCUUCCUAUUGGUCUGUCUGAUAUCCCCGGUGAGGCAAUGGUCAAGCUGUACUGUCCCAAGUGCAUGGACGUUUACACACCAAAGUCCUCGCGACAUCACCACACGGAUGGAGCUUAUUUUGGGACAGGCUUCCCCCACAUGCUGUUCAUGGUGCAUCCAGAGUACAGACCCAAGAGGCCAGCUAACCAGUUUGUUCCCAG